UAACUGUUAUUAUUACCCAAGUUGAUAAAAACAUCUUGUUGAGUUGAUAAUGUAAUAAACGAUUGAUACAUGUGAUAUCCAUUAUUCAGUGGAUGAUAAUCGAUACUAGAUAAAGAUAAAAACCACUAGCAUGCUGCCACGUGGCAGAUAGAAUCCAUGCCAGUGCACACUCUCUCCUAUCAUUGCCACACAACAUCCACAAGCCUCACUCAAAAACUUUGACACAUUCUAUUUUUGGCCACCAAAACACCAAAGAGAGAAGACUAUCAACCAAAAAGAUGGCCUCAACAACAGCAGCAGCAGCUACCAUGAUGAACACCUCCUUUGUAAGGAGACAGCCAACGGCAACCUCCCUAAGGGCGGUUCCGAACGUGGGACAAUCCCUUUUCGGCGGCCUAAAGGCUAGCCGAGGAGGGCGUGUGACAGCCAUGGCUACAUACAAAGUGAAGCUGAUUACACCAGAUGGGGAUAAGGAAAUCAAGUGCCCGGAAGACACGUACGUGUUGGACAGAGCCGAAGAAGAGGGAUUAGACUUGCCAUACUCAUGCCGGGCCGGGGCUUGCUCCUCAUGCGUUGGAAAGGUGGUUGAAGGUAAAGUGGACCAGUCAGACAAUAGCUUCCUUGAUGAUGAUCAAAUUGCUGAGGGUUGGGUUCUCACAUGUGUUGCUUUGCCUCUCUCUGAUGUUGUCAUUCAGACUCACAAGGAAGACGAGCUUGAUUAGUAAAUGUGCUCUACUACCACUCUUCAAUUCAUCAUUUUCAUAAAUAAAAUUUGAUGUUUUCGUAAGGAAGCCACUUUUUUUUUUUUUUUUUUUUUUUUUUGGGAAUAAAAGGAUUAAGACUUAAGAGUUGCUUCUUUAAUAUUACAAUACGUGGGACAUUGUUGAGUCUUAAAUGACUGCAACACCAUUUGUAGUGCUUGAUAGCUUAUUGGAGUUUUUAAGUUUCAGCAGUGAAAGUUCUCUCGUA